AUGGAGCGAGAAGGAUUUUGCAUGGUACCUACAGUGACUAUGCCACACGAACAGAGCCAAGCACAACUUUCAGCUAUGCAGGUUUUCAAGGGGAUCAAGAAGGGGGAGCCGACGUUCGUGGGAACCAUCGCAAGUCUGGAGGAAGACAAGAGCUUUCAAGAGACACCGUCGCCUUGCAUAAAGAAGUUGCUUGAGGAAAACAAAGAUGCCAUGCCCGAGGAGUUGCUUAAGCCCUUUCCGCCUAGGCGAGAGGUGGAUCACAAGAUUGAGUUGGAGCCAGGGGCUAAGCCACCCACAUUUGCCGCAUAUCGUAUAGCACCGCCCGAGCUAGAGGAGAUCAGGAAACAAUUGAAAGAGCUACUAGAUGUUGGUCAUAUUCGCCUAUCAAAGGCACCUUUCGGCGCACCAGUAUUGUUCCAGAAGAAGAAGGAUGGAUUGAGGUGCUUGUGCAUAUACUACCGAGCACUUAAUAAGGUCACAGUGAAGAAUAAGUACCCGACCCCGCUCAUUGCUGACUUAUUCAAUAGACUUUGGGCAAGCCAAGUACUUUACCAAGGUGGAUCUUCGCAAGGUCUACUGCCAGUCUACAUAGACGACAUAGUCAUCUACAACAACACCUUGGAGGAGCACAUGGAACACAUAAGGAAGGUUUUCCAAGUCUUGCGGGAGAACGGUCUAUACAUAAAGAGGGAGAAAUACGAGUUGGCACAAUCAAAGGUGAACUUCUUAGGCCAUAUCAUUAGCAAUGGCAAGCUACGCAUGGACGAGGCUAAGGUGCAUACAGAUGCCUUAGAUUUUGCCAUUGGGGGUGUCUUGAUGCAGGAUAAGCAUUCCAUAGCAUUUGAGAGCCGCAAAUUAAAUGAGACAGAGCGGCGUUACACGGUGCAAGAGAAGGACAUAACUACCAUUAUGCAUUGCCUUCGUACAUGGCGACAUUAUUUGCUCGGGUCGAAGUGCGUGAUCGCACAUGCAGAGAGGCAAGCGCAAAAGUGGAUCUGGGAUGUGUGGUCAGGGGUCACAGGUGCGAAGGGAAAUACCGCAUCUGCGAUUCCCGCAGAUGCGCUAAAGGACACGCAGGCGCGGAGGAGAUCGCAGAAGCGGACAAUAGUCUGCAGGCGCGUACUCGCAGAUUUCUUGGCCGAAUUCGAUUAUGUGCUGGAGUAUAAGCCAGGCAAAGGUAAUGUUGUAGCCGAUGCCUUGAGCCGGAAAAUCGAGCUUGCUGCAAUCACUUCAACAAGUUGGGACAUUCGUGAGGCUAUAAAAGAAGGCAUGGAGCAUGAUCCAACAGCCAAACAACUUAUCGAGUUAGCGAACCAGGGCAAUACGAGACGUUUUUGGGUCGAAGACGGCCUACUGCUUACCACAGGUCGGCGAGUCUAUGUGCCUAAGUUUGGGAACAUUAGGCGACGGAUCAUAAGGGAGAGUCAUGACACUAUACGGGAUGAUCAUCCAGGCCAACGUCGCACUAGGGCCUUGGUUGAAUGA